AUGCGUAUUUCUUCCUUUUUCGUUGUGAUCGCAGCUACCUUUGUGGCUACCAGCGCGGCUCUCACAGGCCCAAAUCAAGUCGACCAGCGUCUUCUAAGGACUCACCACGCGCCUAGUCCCGUGUCCGAAGAAAGGGGUAUCAGUAAUAUCCCUCUUGAGAAAAAUUGA